AUGCGACGGCUCACUUUGUCCAAACCAGAGCGAGUCAGUGCGGCCCUCCAGGCUCCGUCAGGGGCCCUCCAGGUUCUGACAGGGGCCCUCGUACCGCAGCAGUGUGGCCUUGGCAGCUUACGUGUGGAAGCUGCUCUUCCCUGGCAGGUGAACGGACGGACAGAUGAUUUGUUCCACACUCAUAGUACUUCCGGCUCACGGAGGACCCACGUGAGCAGUGAAAACAACCCUUUACAAGAGAAAAACCUGAGCUCUUUGGCCAAAAUGGACGCGAAAGUGAAGAAACAGCGGAAGCAUCAACAAAAACACAGCGGACCCCAAGCGGAGAAGAAGAAGCUGAGGAAGCAUGGUCCCUCCACGGAAGAAGAUGACCGCAGGCGAAACCCCAAGGCCUUCGCUGUCCAGUCCGCUGUGCGUAUGGCCAAAACUUUCCACAGGGCCCAGGACAUAAAGGCCAAAAAGCACCACAUACCUUUAGUAGAUCGCACACCUCUGGAGCCUCCUCCCGUGGUCAUAGUAGUGAUGGGCCCCCCCAAAGUGGGCAAAAGCACUCUGAUCCGAUGUCUGAUAAAGAACUUUACGAGACAGAAGCUGGGAGACAUCUGUGGGCCUGUGACUAUUGUCUCAGGGAAGAAGCGGCGGCUCACCUUCAUGGAGUGCACCAACGACAUCAACACCAUGAUUGAUCUGGCCAAAGUUGCAGACCUGGUUCUGAUGCUUAUUGAUGCCAGCUUUGGAUUCGAGAUGGAGACUUUUGAGUUCCUAAACAUCUGCCAGGUGCACGGCUUUCCUCGCAUCAUGGGAGUGCUCACUCACCUGGACGCCUUCAAGAACAACAAGACACUGCGCAAAACCAAAAAGAACCUCAAGCACCGCUUUUGGACCGAGGUCUACCAGGGGGCCAAGUUGUUUUACCUGUCGGGGAUGGUGUUCGGGGAGUACCAGACUCAGGAAGUGAAGAACCUCGGAAGAUUUAUCUCCGUCAUGAAGUUCCGUCCUCUGGUGUGGCAGACGUCUCAUCCCUAUGUCCUGGUGGAUCGGAUGGAGGACCUAACGGAUCCCGAGAAGAUCAGGACUGAACCCAAGUGUGACCGAAACAUAUCUCUCUACGGCUACCUGCGAGGGACAUAUCUGAAGAACAAGAGCCACGUUCAUAUCGCUGGAGUGGGGGAUUACCAGGUGGCGGACGUGAACUUUCUCCCAGACCCGUGUGCUCUUCCAGACGCUCAGAAGAAGAGGGCAUUGAAUGAGAAGGAGCGGCUGCUGUACGCCCCCAUGGCCGGAGUGGGGGGCGUGGUCUAUGACAAGGACGCUGUUUAUGUAGAUUUGCCGGCAAGUCACGUCAAGCAGCAGCAGGAGGAGGUGCGUCCUACAGCAGAACUUGUGCAGUCUCUUCUCGACACGCACGCCACGUUAGACGCCAAGAUGGCCGCCAGCAAGAUGUCUCUCUUCAGUGGUUCGGCCACGCUGAACUCAGAGGACUUAGAAGAUCAAGAGCGGCUCCAGGAGCAGACGGUGUGGGAUCAACAGACCGGUCGCAACAGGAGGAAAGUGCUCUUCAGCGACAACCAGGACCAUUCCAUCGGCUCCAGUGAGGAGGAAGAGGAGGAGGAGGAGGAUGACGAGGAAGUGAAGGAUGAGGAAGAGAAGGAUGAGGAAGACCUGAGCAGGUUUCUGAAACAGGCCAGGGAGGAUAGUGGACCCCCUCAGAAGAAACAGAAAGCAGAGCAGGACUCAUCGGAGCUACCAGCGUUCGCCGACAGUGGGGACGAACUAGAGAAGAGUGAGGAGGACUCGGAUGAGGACGACUCCGGAGAGGAAGAUUCUGAGGAAGACUCGGAUGAGGAGGAAGAGGACGGAGACGAGGAAGGAGAGGACAGUGAGGAGGAGGAGGCAGAAGAGGAAGAGGGAGCCCUACGCUGGAAAGAAGGCUUGAAGCAGAAAGCAUCAGAAGCGUUUCUACGGCAACAAGCUGCUGCUCCGAACCUGCGCAAACUUGUGUAUGGCUCAGUGACAGAAGCUGCUGGGACCGAGGCCGAGGAGGAGGACGAGGAGCUCGGAGGGUUGUUUCGAGUGAGUCGGCCUCAGAAGAAUAAGAGAGACCAGGCCGAUGCGCUGGACUGCUCCCGCUUCCAUUCCAACGACGGUCAAAACUGGGAUUUACCGGAGGCGGUGGACUCCAUCAGGGACUGCUUUGUAACAGGAAAAUGGGAGCAGAGCGAGGACGCGGCCACUCGACUCAAAGAGGACGAUGAGUUGUUCGGUGACUUUGAAGAUUUGGAAACGGGGGAAGUUCAUAAAAACAAGAGCGCAGACGACCAGAAACAGGGUGACAGUAAUGAAGAAGAAGAAGAUGAUGAAGAAAACGAGGAGGAGCAGCCGCCGAUGCAGACGGACGAGGAGCAGAGGAAGAAACGCCUGGAGAAGAAGCGGCGACUUAAGGAGCGCUUUGACACGGAGUACGAUGACGGAGAAGCCACGUACUUCGACAACCUGAAGGAGGAGAUGCAGAAACAGGCCGAGCUGAACCGGGCCGAGUUUGAGGCGAUGGAUGAUGAGAGCAGAGUGCAGUACGAAGGCUUCAGGCCGGGCAUGUACGUGCGGCUGGAGAUCUCUCUGCCCUGUGAGUUUGUGACCAACUUUGACCCUCACUAUCCCAUCGUUCUUGGCGGAUUGAGCUCCGGUGAAGGCAACGUGGGGUAUCUGCAGAUGCGCCUGAAGAAGCACCGUUGGUAUCAGCGCAUCCUGAAGACCAGGGACCCCCUGAUCCUGUCCUUAGGCUGGCGGCGCUUCCAGACCAUCCCCCUGUACCACAUCGAGGACCACAACGGCCGAAACCGCCUGCUCAAGUACACCCCACAGCACAUGCACUGUGGGGCCUCCAUCUGGGGACCAAUCACUCCACAAGGCACAGGCUUCCUGGCUUUACAGUCUGUGGCUGGGAUAAAAGCAAAUUUCCGUAUUGCAGCCACUGGGGUCAUUUUAGAUGUGGACAAGUCUGUUACUGUAGUAAAGAAGCUCAAACUACUGGGUUACCCAUACAAGAUCUUCAAAAACACCUGCUUUGUUAAGGACAUGUUUAACACUGUGCUUGAAGUGGCCAAGUUUGAAGGAGCCUCUCUUAGAAGUGUGUCAGGGGUCAGAGGUCAGAUCAAAAAGGCCCUGUCCACUCCCCCAGGAGCGUUCAGAGCCACCUUUGAGGACCGCCUUCUAAUGAGUGACAUAGUGUUUCUGCGCUCCUGGUAUCCCGUGACGGUCCCUCAGCUCUACAACGCCGUCACUAAUAUGCUGCUGCCUGUGGGACAGAAGGACGGCUGGUCAGGCAUGAGGACCCUGGGCCAGAUCAAACAUGACCUCGGCGUCCGCAACAAACCCAACACGGACUCUCUGUACAAGCCUGUCACGCGGGCUCCCAGACGCUUCAACAAACUGCACAUCCCGAAAGAGCUCCAGAAAGCCCUCCCCUUCAAGAGCAAACCCAAGCAACAGCAGGCCAAAGGAAAGACACCUAGAGACCUGCAGAGGCCGGGCGCGAUCCGGGAGCCACACGAGCGGAAGGUGAUGGCUCUUCUCCAGGCCCUGGGCACAGUUCACAACUACAAAACUAAGAAGGCCAAGACUGUGAAACACGCCAAGCAUAAAGAGUUCCUUGAGCAGAAGACUCAACAGGAGGAGGUCAAAGCAAAACGCCAACGAGAGCUGCGCAAGAAGCUGUACCGAGCCAUGGGUCAGUCGGAGAAGAAGAGUGUGCGCUCCAGUCUGAAGGGCAGCACGGACAACUGA